AUGUCCCCUUCGUCAGGAAAAGUUCUCAUCCAGGCUGGAAUUUUCCUCCUCACCGAUGUCGUAUUGUUCAUGUCCUCUGCGUCAAUUCCGACUCAAUGUAAAAUACCAAAAGUCUUGAAAGUCCAAUACGAGGAACUAUCCAGCGCAGCGAUCGGCAAUAACUUUUUCUUGCCAGCUGAAAUGGCUCCAGCGGGAAGUGACCAACAAGCACUGACCGAAGGGGAUAAAACUUGCCCAACAUCUUCUGUAUCUACUGAUAUCAUUCGCGAUCGUUCAACCUGCCCAUGGUACCUGAAAAUUACCCACAAUUCCACAUAUUUUCCUCCGUCACGCAGAGAAGUCGUGUGUCGUUGUACAGACUGUCUGGACUCUGACAGUAACCACCAAUGUGUGAUCGUUUAUACUCCAAUGACUGUCCUGAAACGUACAGCUCAAUGCGUUGAUGGACUGUACGUUUAUAAACCAAGUGCCAUCGAGGUGGCCACAGCCUGUGUGCGCGCACGGAAAGUCGAUGUAAUAUCCGGAGGAAAUGAGGACGAAUAUGAGUCGUAA